AUGGCAAAAGAAGUUUAAUUUGUAAAAUUAAAUUCACCAAACAACAUAAAGAAAUAAAACUAAUUAUUCUGCAUUAAUCCAAUAGGAAUUCUUAAUUCUAACUAGAUUGUUAAGGAUCCUGAAAAAUGUGAUGAUAAAAAAUAAUCUCAUGAAAAUCUAAUUAAAAAAUAUCAUGUACAAUUACAUGCUUCUAUACCUACUAAUCAAUCAUAAAAAGUAUAUUAUAAAUUAAUUAGACACUUAUUUCAAAGACUGAGAAUUUUACUGAUAAAAUAAACACCAAAAUAAAUAAUAUUAAAACAAAAGAAAAAGAAAAUAAUGUUUUUCGAUAGCAUAAAUAUUAAGAUACCAAAAUAUCUAAUCAUUUAAUUAGAAAAGAAAAGUCAUGUUUUAAGAUGUAAAAAUUGCCAUAUUUUUAGCCUCUAAAACUCUAAGAAUUGUGAUAAGCAGGAAUUUUAGCAAAUUAAAGUUUUAUCCAUUAAUAAUACUUUAAUGGAUAAGAAGGGAUCUGAUUCUAAUAUAUUAUUGCCAUUAUCAAGUUUGGUUCGAAAAUCAUAAAAAUAAAAAAAUUAACCGUAACUUUUAUAAAUGAACUCAAAUGCUUUGAUUCUAAAAGAUCAGAUUGCUGGCUAAGACUACCCAAAGUAAAAAUCCUAAAGCCAGCAAGAAAUGUAUAGGAGUGUCUAAGAAGAGUUAGAAGAUACUUUAAUUUAAGAGGAAGUAAUUAAUUAAAAAAUAAAGCAAUCAUCUUCUUAAUUUAUUGUCAAACAAUUUUUCUUUUCUUUAGCUCAUAAAUAAGAAGGUAUUUAUUUUUAAUUCUAAUGCAAGGGUCUUAGGAAAAUAAAACAAAGACUUCUAACAUUCAAAAAGGCCUGAAUUUAAGUUAGCGGCAUUUAUCAAAAAGUACUAGAGCUCACACUUAAGGAAGAUAAGAGUAAAUACAAAUAAAUAAAUUAUAUGAAUACAUUUUAGAAGGUAAUUACUGA